CAGCGCCGGUGCUCGGGCCGAGCGCGCGUCUGCAGCGCCCGCGGCGCUCCGCGCCGCCGCUUCCGGUCUCGGCUCUGAGGCAGAAUAGUCUCCUGCAGGCUCUUAUGCAGGGAGCGGGCCAGCCUACAGGAGCCGAGCCCAGCGAGGAGUGGCGGCGAGCCCAGGAGGAAUGGGAGGCCUUGGAAAACAACCAGUCAGGGCUGCUGGAGGAGUUGGCCAGUCCCGUGCCCCUGAUCUCUUUCAACGAAGCGCUGCGGUACUUCCAGACCGCGGACCUUUCCGAGUGCAGGAAAAAGAUCCAAGCAACGGUGCGUAGACAAGGUCUGGCUGCUCUGGUUCACUUCCUCUUCGGCCCUCCACGGCUCCAGCAGCAGCUGCAAGGAGAGCGGGACCUGGCCCUCACGAUCGCUCAGUGUGGCUUGGAUAAUAAUGAGAAAGUGCACAUGAGAAUCUUGCAGACCAUUUACAAGAAACUAACCUGCUCCACGAUGAGCUGCCCGCGCUUCGGUGCACACUGGGAAGAGCUCGGCUUUCAAGGUGCCGAUCCCGGGACUGACCUGCGAGGGACAGGGAUGCUGGGCUUAAUGCAAAUGUUGUACUUUGUCAUGGACUCUCAGACGCUCCCUCUAGCUCUCAAGAUUUUCAAGCUAUCCCACCACGAAACCCAGAAUUUCCCCUUCUGCAUCAUGUCAGUGAACAUCACUCGCAUCGUGAUCCAGGCCCUGAGGGAGGAACGGCUCUCGAGAGAGUGUAACCGCAGGCAGCAAGUCAUCGUGGUGUUGAACGACGUGUAUGUGGCGGCCUUUCUGCACCUCUACAGCAUCUGGAAAGCGCAGCACAAAACCAUUGCCGACUCCGGCUUCCUGCUAAAGGAAUUGGAGUCAUUCACCAAAAAGAAACCAAAGCAACUCCUGAAAUCCUUAGAGACCUACAUGAACAGAAGCAUUGCAUUGCUAACAGAUGGCGUUCAGCACCCAUUUUCUGCUUCUGGCAACAUCAGCUCCAUUGCUAGCAGCCAGGCCAGCAAAGAGAUAAACUUCACGGGCAUUUGUGACCUGCAAGUUGAGCUGGAAGGAGAUGCUCGACUGAUCUGAAGCCAGGGGAAACCCGCAGCAGGAACCUUGCUUGCUGCACAGCUGUUGGAGCUUGCCUGACCGUGGCCCUGCUGGUUAGAGAGGUUUGGAAAGGGCUGCAUGGGUCAAGAUGGUAGACACCGAGCAACACCUCCGGCUGUGAGGUAGCUGCUAGCUCGGAGACGAUGAGAAACGCAGCGGGAGAAGAGUCCGGCACUGAACUUAGGGCAGUCAGUAGAGCGUAAACUUUUGCCUGAGAGCAAAGAAUUGGUCUGGAGGAAAUGAGGAGGCAGCUGAGCUGCUGCCUCCUGGUCCACCUCGGGACGUGGCGGUUGGAGAUCUGGAUGGGACCCUGGCACCAAGAAAGUCUGUGGAGAUCCUCCUCUCUCACAGGCAUUCCGAAUCACUGCACUGGCAGCACGUGGAGGGUCAAACGGCCUUAGCUGUGGGGCUAAGGCACAGUAUUUUGCGUUGAUGGCGCGCUGGGAGCAUGAACGCAGCCACGUUGCUGCAGUUCGGGCAGCGGCCGACAGCUUGUGUGUCCCAAGAUUUGGGGAGCCCUUGUGGACCCUCCGGGGGUGUUGCUGCGUGUGUAUGUUCUUGUGUGUUUGUACCUAAAUACUUCAUUAAGAAAAGGUGGAGAAACACGUUUCUUGGCAUACCGAAGACUGUGACUUGCGUUUGCUUACGGUUUCUGUGGAUGGAGGGUGAGAUUUGUGCUGGCAGAGGGUUGUUGGAGACAGCAGAGAAAAGCUCGUCCCGCUUCAUGGAGGACUCGCGCGAUCCUGGCCGAGGGCUGCGUUUCCAACCCAUUUCCCAUUCGCUCGCACACGCGGGCCUGGGCUCUGCCGCUUCGUGGUCAGCGCCGCCAGAGGGGCUCGGCGCACCCCUGCUCUGGCGGCACCCCUAAGACGGGGAGGAGCGAGAUGGCGGCAGCUCCGUGUCCUGGCAAAAGCAGGUCCGUAGCGGCCAGCGGCGUGGGGAGAGCUUCGCCGUUAGACGGGGAGAGGAACCAAGCUCAGAGCGGUAACAGUUGCUAUGUGCCCGGCAUGUGCUGGCAGCAGCAGGUGCUUAGAAAUGCUCCAAAAGCAUCUUCUGCCCUGCAGAAAGAAAGAAAGAAAGAAAAGAAAGAGGAGAGGGGGAAAAAAACAGCAUGCAAUGAAAUCCCACCACCACCACCAAAAAGAAGACGGGAGUUGCAGACAAAAGGUGUCUUUUCACAACCAACAUCGAGGAGCCGCAGAGACAAAAGAGCGAUAUGCUGCUGAACGGGGCGCCGCGGCUGACUCAUGCCAUUAUCCCACGUGAAAAGGUGAAGGGAUUCGUGACAGCUCGGUGACUGGGCCGGAAAAACACUCCGUGGCUCCGGGUUUGGAUAUCCCGGCUCUGGCGUGGGAACGGCGCUUUCCUCAGGGCAGGGGGGAAAAGCCAGCUCUUCCCCGCGCCGGCCUUGGUCUGCCUCGAGCUGGGGGAAAGAAGUAUUCCCUGGGAUUCCCUGCCUGCGCCGCAGGGCCGGCUCCUCUCCUGCCUUGUGUGCCGGGAUGUGCCGUGUUUUUCCGCUCAAAGCUGGGGUGUUUUCUUUCUUUUUCAUUUUGUUGCGAGGAAGAGGAGGCAAUUCCCGCUGUGCCUCGCUUUCCCGGAGCUGUGGGGCGGAAGCAGCUCGAGCGCGGGAAUGGCAGCCCUUUUGGGCCUAGGGGGCUUUGUGCGGCCCCGAAUAACCCGGCCUGGCGGCGGCUCCUGCCCCCGAGGGCUUCAGGGAGCCAGGGGAGGAAGGAGGCAGGGCAGCCCGGGGAAUAGCCUGUUCUUGGGGGUCGUCUUUGGGGACGAGAGGAGCAAAGAGGCUCCCGAGGGAAGACGCGGCUCCCGGGCUGAGGCUGCCGCAGCUCAUGACACCCCCGGGGCCGCGGCCUCCCCCCGCGGCGCCGCCCGGUUCCGCCCCCGGGGCGGCGGCGGCGGCGGC